UCAGAGAUAGAUAGAUAUGAUGAAGCUGUACAGCGGAAUGGGAAAGAAGAUCCACCCUUCACCUCCACCUUCAUCCCCAAGCAAUCUCCUCUCCCUUCUCCCGGCAGCCAUCCCCACCCUAACAGCAGCGCUCUUGCCGGAGGACAAAGAGGUGCUCGCCUACCUUCUGUUCGGUGCGAUCGCCGGAAAGAAGAACAACCAGCAUCACUCACCAGAACUCGGCUGCGAUUGCUUCGGAUGUUACAAGAGCUUUUGGGCUCGGUGGGACGCAUCGCCUAACCGUAAUCUAAUACAUCAAAUCCUCGAGGCGGUUGAGGAAUCCGUUGAGCCGUUAGCGGUUCCCUCCGACCGUCGCCGCCGUCACCGCUUCAACAGCCAUAUGAAUUUCAAGGAGGAAUUUUUCGCUGCUGAGGAAGAUUACAUUGAAUCAAAGGAGAGGAAAGGGGAGGGGGAUGAGGAGGUGGAGGCAGUGUCUGGUGUGAAUUCUUUUGGCACG